GCACACCAACCAACACCUGCCAACAGCUGGUGGGGACCGCCGCUGGAGCAUCUCGCUCUCUCUCCUCCUCUACAGUUUUCCCCUCUCUGUUUCCCAGCCACUGCAACUGGAAGCGUAGAGAGAGCAGAAGAGAAGAGCAGCUGCAGGACCGAUGGAGAAGAAGCAGGGAUCUUCUCAUCAGUACGGUUCACUGGAGCGCACUGAAUGGAGCAGAGACACCAACAAACCAGAGGACGACGUGGUGUCCAUGGCGGACUCCACCAUCACCGUGGACGACAUCGAGGGGGAGCUUUUCAAGAUUGACAGGAUCAGAGAUGUCCUGGUCAGGAGGGAGUCAGAGCUCAGAUACAUGAUGGAUGACAUUCAGCUGUGCAAGGAGAUCACUCGUCUGAAGAAGGAUCUGCAGAAAUUAGUGUCCGUACCAGAUAAUGACAAGUCCAACGAGGACCGGCAGAAGGAAGAAGAACUGCUGCAGCAGAUCCACAAGCUGGUCGAGACCAGAGACUUCCUGGUGGACGACGUGGAGUUCGAACGACUCAGGGAGAAAGAAGAAGAUAAAGAAAUGGCAGAUUUUCUGAAGUCCAAAUUCCCAAGAAAUAUGAAGAAGAAAGGUAUACCAACCAGACGGACGCCGUCCAGGGCUCAGCAGACCUCCUCUCCCUUCGCCAAGACAGGCCUCACCCUGCUGAAGGAGUGCUGUGGCUUCACAUGCUCCAUCAUGUAGACUGGAGUCUAAACGGGGGGGGCCCCCACGCUGCAGGGCUGACACAGGGGGCCACAAACCAAAAAAAAAGGCCACUCCACAAGAGUCAAUAUUUCCAGUUUCAGCUUUUCAGUCCGAGAAAGACUUUGAAGCAUGGAUGGAGCAGCACAGACACAAGUUUCCAGAGGGAGAGCAAAAGGACGUUGCAAAGAUCAUGUGGUGUGUUUUCCAUGUCGAGAGCCACGUUUGUCUUGUUGUGUCCGAUCUGUUGGUCCCUUUCGUUGGAUUUUCUAUUUGUUUUUGUUUUCAUCCUCUCUCUGCUCUCCCCGUCUCUCCCCCACUCCUGUUUUCAUUUUUAUUCAUCUAUUUAUUUCUCUUUUUCAGGCCGAGAGGACAGGGUUUGAAGGACAGAAACAGCAUAGCACAAGACAGGCAUGUACUGUGUACACACUAAUUGGAUUCCACUACCGUGACACCUAAAAGUUUUAUAUUUAAAGACUUCACUGAGCUACGAUAACUGUCAUCUCCUCAUUAAAAAAAAAAGUUUUGCAGGAGUCAGCAGGCCAGUCUAGACACACUGCUGGCAUGUUAUAAUCAGCAUUAAGGAGUUUACACUAAUGAAAGUGACAUUAACCAGGAAGCUCUGUUAGGAUGGAGUUUCCUGUGAUUUGACUCCAAAUGGGUACGACCUUUAGAAAAGUGGAGGUUUGUGAAGGAAGAGUGGAUCUCUCAUUAAGCUCCAUUUUCCUUUAAUGAUAGUUAAGUAAUAUUCACUAAUGUCUACUUUUUUACAAGUUGUAAAGAAACACUGAAGAACAUCACAUAAUCACUUUUUUUUUGUUUUUUUGACAUAGUGUUUUAAAGAGGACCUAUUAAUCUCAUUUUCAGAUUCAUACUUGUAUUUUGGGUUUCUACUAGAACAU